UCUGCCUCCACGGUUCCACCUGCGGGAGCUACUACUUGUCUACUUCCAGAGGGAAGACCGGUACGAACUAAAAUCGGUGCGUUUUAACAAAUUUCUCAAUUUCAUCAAUUUUCACCCAACUGAAUUGGAUUCUUUAUGACUCUCAACUCGGCUUAUUUGCCGUCCUUUUGAUCUGGGGUUGGAUUCUUGCAGCAAAAUGCAUCCACCUUUGACAUUGCAUAGGCACCCAAUGUGUGCUGAGAUUAUUGAACAGUUCCAGAAGUGUCAUUUGGACCAUCCUAUAGGAAAAUUCUUUGGUGAAUGCACAGACCUUAAAAUAAAGCUUGAUCGGUGUUUUCGCGAGGAAAAAGCUGUGAAGCGGAAGGCAAAUUUUGAACAGAGUAAGAAACUUAGAGAAAGGCUUCAAGCAUUAAGGAGAGAAGCUGCUGAGGGAAGUCCAGAGGAGAAGAAUUUUGUGUGAACUCUACGAAUGAAGUGGUUAACAGGUCAAAAUUCUUGCUGGAUUAUAAAUUUAGACUCUAUAUCAUUUUGUAAAAUUGAGAGGGAUUAGGUCAUUGCAUAUUUGCAUAUCAUGUAAGAUGCUUUAUCUGUCCAUUUUUUUCUAGGUUGGAAAAAUAAUCAGAUUAGUCCAGUAGAAAGCUUCUUAAAAUGUCAUAAAUUUCAACUAAUCUAUUUGUACGAUUGCAAGUAGUCAUUAUUAAUUGAGUUAUAAAUUUCAUUUGCAUUGGUUCCUUCUGAAUA